AUGAUUUCCACGAAAGUCUUGGCUCUCUUUUUGGUGCUUCUCGUCGCCGUUUGUGUUUAUGCUGAAGAAGAAAGUGAGCAUGGAUUAGAAGCGACCGGACACGAGAAAACAUUGAUCCGAAAUCGCCGAUGGUGGCCAUGGGGAAUGGGCGGAAUGGGAUAUGGAAUGGGUAUGUAUCCGGGCAUGAUGAUGGGCGGAUGGGGAAUGAGACCAUUCGGCAUGUGGGGACGA